UGUGUUGGCUCCAAAGUAUCCUCACCAUCACAAAGUGUAUUCGGUGAACAAUGUUCAGUCCUGAAAUUUGGAAGUUAGGGGGGCAAUUUCUGCCUGAAAUAAGACAAAAGUAAAAAUCCGCCACAGUGCAAGCAGAAGAGUCAGGUUUUCUACCCACCAGGCCCUAAUAUCCUCUGAGCGCUUUAACGCUCUCGCUCAAGAAGGCGCAGGCUGCUGCGAUGGACAUGGGCGUCCGGCUCCGGCACGUGCCGCGGGUCUUUCCGGCCCUGGUGAGGGAGCUGGCGGACUCGCGCCAACCUUCGCGGAAGAGCGCCACGAAAGGCAGAUGGUUCCCUCACUUUGAGCACCUCCCUGCCGCGCUCUCCGGGUCCAGGCCGCUAGCCGGAUUGAAGCCGCUCCGCGCGUCGGACCCCGUGCCCUGGCCCUCCCGGGUGUCGUCCGGUCCUGCCUCUGCGGGGCCCGAGCCCGCCCACGGCGCCGGCUGGCCAAGGUGUCCCAGCUGCUCCUUGGCGCCCCCUGGCCCAGCUCCGGCGCCCGAGGUUUCCGGUGAGCGGCAGUAGCCGGUUAUGACGACUCCCUCCUCUGCAACAGCCGCAGUCUCCUCCGCCUCCUCCUCGAUAGUCACGGCUGCAGCGGCUCCAGGCCUGUGGAAAUCAAAUCAAGGGUUUCUGGAGUGGAGUGAGUCCAGCUGCUUUGAGCUGAAGGAAAAGUAGCCUGGCCACCAAAGCGUCCCUGUGCUGGAGGAGUGCAGCCACCCAUCCCCGCGGGCCUUGCAGGAGGACUGACACCAGGAAGGCUUUGUGCCAGGCCCGGCAGCCACCCCCACCCGCCUUAUGCAGGUGGGUACAUGCCGUCGCCAGAAGCCAGCUUUCUGAUCUGCGUCUUUAGAUUUUUUCCAUCGCCUGAGCGUUACUUCUCAACUGAUCGGUUUUAGAGACCUGAAACAUCACAGAAGCUUCUGAGUGGUUCUGAGGAUUCAAGAGUUUGAUCUCUAGGUUUGUGGGUUGCUAUGUUAAUGUUGUUUGUCUUUGGAGUCUUACUUCAUGAAGUCCCACUGAGUGAUCAGAAUGAAGCUCCUCCUAACACUCACAGCAUUCCAGGCGAACCUCUGUAUAACUAUGCCAGUAUCCGCUUGCCGGAGGAGCACAUUCCCUUCUUUUUGCACAACAAUAGGCAUAUUGCCACUGUCUGUAAGAAAGACUCUCUUUGUCCAUAUAAGAAACACCUAGAAAAGCUAAAGUACUGCUGGGGUUAUGAGAAAUCCUGUAAACCAGAGUUCAGGUUUGGUUACCCAGUUUGCAGCUAUGUCGACAUGGGAUGGACGGACACUCUUGAGUCAGCUGAGGACAUAUUCUGGAAACAGGCUGACUUUGGAUAUGCCAGAGAGAGGCUGGAGGAGAUGCAUGUGCUCUGUCAGCCUAAGGAAACGAGUGACUCAAGUCUGAUGUGUUCCCGUUAUCUUCAGUACUGCAGAGCAACCAAUCUCUACCUUGAUUUAAGAAACAUCAAGAGAAAUCAUGACAGAUUUAAGGAGGACUUUUUCCAGCGUGGUGAAAUUGGAGGGCACUGUCAACUUGACAUCCGUACAUUGAUGUCUGAAGGUCAGCGCAAAAGCCCUCUGCAGUCAUGGUCCAAAAAUAGAACAUCGUGCGCACCUCAGGCUCCCUUCCAGGCUCUACCCCAUCCCCCUCUCCAAAGGUUUGCUGAGCUACAAAGCUAUACUCAGCUCAACUUCACACCUAUAGAAGAUGCUAAAUGUGACAUUGUCAUUGAAAAACCAACAUAUUUCAUGAAAUUAGAUGCAGGUGUUAACAUGUAUCAUCACUUCUGUGAUUUCAUCAAUCUUUAUCUUACUCAGCACGUUAAUAACUCAUUCAGUACUGACGUGUACAUCGUGAUGUGGGACACUAAGUGCCUUUUACCUCCCACCAUGAUUCUGAGGCCUCCCCAGCCAUGUGGAACUAGUUCUUACGGAUAUGGUGACCUAUUCUCCGACACAUGGAAUGCAUUUACUGAUUAUGACAUUAUACAUUUGAAAACUUAUGAUUCCAAAAGGGUAUGUUUUAAAGAAGCUGUUUUUUCAUUACUCCCCCGCAUGAGGUAUGGGCUGUUCUAUAAUACUCCUCUGAUAUCUGGCUGUCAAAAUACUGGACUAUUCAGGGCAUUUUCCCAGCAUGUGCUACACAGACUAAACAUCACACAAGAAGGACCCAAGGAUGGAAAAAUUCGAGUCACCAUUCUUGCACGGAGCACCGAAUACCGGAAAAUCUUAAACCAAAAUGAGCUUGUAAAUGCACUGAAAACAGUACCUACAUUUGAAGUCCAGAUUGUUGAUUACAAGUAUAGAGAACUUGGGUUUUUGGAUCAACUGAGGAUCACACACAACACAGACAUAUUUAUUGGAAUGCAUGGAGCUGGUCUGACCCAUUUACUUUUCCUUCCAGACUGGGCUGCUGUAUUUGAACUGUACAACUGUGAAGAUGAACGCUGUUACUUAGACUUGGCCAGGCUGAGAGGCAUUCACUACAUCACUUGGCAAAGGCAGAACAAAGUCUUUCCUCAGGAUAAGGGCCACCAUCCAACCCUGGGGGAGCACCCGAAGUUCACCAACUACUCUUUCGAUGUAGAAGAAUUUAUGUAUCUUGUCCUUCAGGCUGCAGACCACGUAUUGCAACACCCAAAGUGGCCAUUUAAGAAGAAACGUGAUGAGCUAUAAAUAUGUUGAGUCUGUUUGCAAAAAGAGAGUGUUUAAACACUCUAGCACCCAGACUUAGAAUUAAAUCAGUAAAGCAAUCUCUUAUUUCCUAUCCCCGAAUUACCUUUUCUAUGCCAAAACAUACCUUCAGGAUAUUGUUAUGUGUUUUGUAGACGUUAAGUGUUUCAUGUGGUUUUUGUGUCAUUGCUAUUUAUCAAUAGCAAUAAUUUUGCACUGAAA